AUGGACAAGGAAUGGAUAUUUUCAGAUAAAAACAGUGAGGAAUACAAUACUGGGUUGCGUGCAUUCAUCAAUCAUGCCUUACAACAUGCUUCUUUUAAGGGUCAAAUCAAGUGUCCGUGUAGUAAAUGUCAUAAUACCUAUUACAAAUCUCCAGCAGUUAUUGAGGAGCAGCAUCUCUUUAUGGAUGGCAUGGAUCCGAAAUAUGUUAACAAUCCUUGGACCGAGCACGGUGAACGUUUACCAGUUGCAGUUGAUCCUAAUUUGCCAGGAUCUUCUGAACCUCAACCAGAUUUUAAUCCAUCAGGACCAUCAUCAUCUCAGCCAAAUUUUGAUGUGCAAGAUAUGUUGCAUGAUAUAUUUGGCGUGUAUGAAGAAGAAGAUAAUUGGGAAGCACCAGGACCUACUGAAGGUCCAUCCAUGCCCCAUGGCCCUAGCCCAGAUGUAGAAAGAUUCUACCGACUUAUAGAUGAUGCUGAUACUGAAUUAUACCCGGGUGCAGGGAAGAAGAUGUUUGAUUUCUUGAUAAAGUUGUAUCAGUUAAAAGCAUUGCAUAGUUGGAGUGAUGUGUCGUUCACAAAGUUGCUUGAAUUGUUAAAAGCCUAUUUGCCUCCAGGGGAAACUCUUCCUGCUACGUUUUAUUUGACAAAAAAAUUUAUUAAAGAUCUCGGGCUGACAUACCAAAAGAUCGAUGCAUGUCCUAAUGAUUGUAUGUUAUAUCGAAAAGAUCAUGCUUCAGACACAGUUUGUCAUGUAUGUGGAACUAGUCGGUACAAAAAGGACACAUCUACUGACGCGACAUCCAAUAAGAAGACAGCUGCUAAGAUUCUGCGUUACUUUCCAUUAGGGCCAAGACUUCAAAGGCUGUACAUGUCUCGCCACACCUCAGAAUUUAUGGUUUGGCAUUCCGAAAAGAGACCACGAGAUGGGGUUCUGCGCCAUCCAGCUGAUUCUCUUGCUUGGGCAGAAUUAGACAAAAUUGAUUAUGAUUUUGGCUCAGAGGGUCGAAAUGUUCGUUUGGGUCUAGCCAGUGAUGGAUUCAACCCUUUUGGUAUGAUGAGCUUGUCCCAUAGUACCUGGCCUGUUAUAGUUACUGUUUACAAUCUCCCUCCUUGGUUAUGCAUGAAAAGACCGUACAUGAUGUUAUCUCUGCUUAUACCAGGCCCUAAAAGUCCUGGAGUUGACAUAGAUGUGUACCUGCAACCGUUGGUAGACGAAUUGAAAGAGUUAUGGACAGAAGGAAUUCCUACAUAUGACGCAUAUAAGAAAUAG